GCAACGUGCUCCUAACUUCGUUCCAUGAUUUCGUAGCUUUCAGAAAUACCGGGUAGUUUAGGGCAUGUAUUUCUUGCUCUAAUCGUGUUUAUUGUUGUGAAUGUUUAUCAAAAACGGUAAAACGAGACUGAAAUGAUUCACCCUUAAUACCACUAAGACCUGAACGUAUCAAUUACCGCGUGAAAAAUGGAGGUUUCGUGUGUUUUUGCGUCCGUCCUUUCGCACGAAGAAUGGGCAAAGGUGCCUCGUGCAACGGCAAAAAAACUCGAAACUUUCGUCACUGAGAAAUUCGAGGAGUUCAUUUCGUGCAAGGCCCUGCUCGAAACCAGCCGCUACAAUGCUGACCAGGCUUUGGCGGAGUCCCAGGAGCGGCUGGGGGCCCUCCAGAAGGAAAACGAGGACUUGAAGCGGCGUUUGGAGGUCGCCACGGCCACAGUUUCGGAGCUGGAGGCCCAAAUAUCGCAACUAACAAGUGACGCCUCCAAGCUGCAAAGCACGGCAAACAGGCUUGAGGCCGAGGCUGCGGAGUUCCGCCACCAGCGUAACAUGGCCGUGGACGAACGAGACGAACACCUGCAGAUGCUCCAACGGCGCGACUCAGAAAUCGAGCGUCUGCAAGCCGAUCUUUCGACUUUAACCAAACAGCUUGAAGGUGCUGUGAACGCAAAAUGCGAGGCGCUGGCACAAGCUGACGAGGUCGCGUCGAUGAAGCUAAGACUCGAAUACCGGGAGAAGAGAAUGGAACAAGAAAGGCAACUUCUGAACAGCCAGAUUGAGACACUAACCGAGGACUUGAAUGCUCGAACUGAAGAAUUACUUAACAUGCGACGUGAUAAUACAUCGCGUUGUAUCCAAUUAGAGACUAAACUGACUGAGAAAACGCAAGAAUUAGUUGUUGCCAAUGAACAGAUUAAAUCACUCACUGAACUCAACAAUAAUUUUGCGGCCAGGAAUGAGGAAUUGUCGCAGAAGUUGUUGAGUCUUAGGGAAGCUGAUGCGAAAAUGAAUGAGUCGUAUUUGCAUGAAAUUGAAGCCAAGACGAAAUUGGCCAAUGCUUAUAAGUCCAUGUGUGAGGAGAGUCAACAGCAUGCGGAAAGUCUCAAAGAAGCAUUGGCUGAGGUUCAACAAAUGCUGAAGCACGCGACUGAUGAAUACGGAGAACUGGAAACGAAACACAAAGAAAUGGAAUUAACUCACGAAGAAAUUUUGGCUAAGAAGAAUGAAUGUAUCACAUUAUUAAAGAAAGAAUUAGAAACAUCAAAAGAACUUUUAGAAAACUGCAAACAAGACCAAAUACAAAAAGAAAUCGAAGGUUUAUCACCAUCUGCAGCAUCAGCAUCACGUCUCUUAAAAUCAGGAAUGACAGUAACAGAAAUUUACACACAAUACGUAACAAUUUCGGAACGACUGAUCGACGUGGAGAAAGAAAAUGCCCAAUUGAAAAACUACAUUAGCAGCAUUGUUCACGAAGUUGAAGAAAAAGGACCACUAAUUAAAAAACUACGCGAGGAUUAUAGCAACGCUUUGGACGCAAACGAAAUAUUAAAAAAUUCAAACGAUCAGUUGUUGAACGAAAUCCAACAAUUGCGCGAAGCCAACGUUCAGUGCACUAGAGUUGAGGAAGCCGUUUCAAGAGAGAAUGCAAGAUAUAAGAAGGAAGUAGCUGAUUUAAGCCGUCAAGUGUGCCAUUUAUUGCAGGAAAUUGAAAAUUCGAGAGUUGGUUCGUCUUCAACUUCGACUGACAUGGACUUGAGCGAUAGCGUCAGCUCUGCCGAUAUUAUUACGAAAAAGUUGGUCACUUUUAACGAUAUUUCCGAGUUGCAAAAGAACAACCAAAAGUUACUUGCCAUUGUUCGCGAAUUGACAGAACGCCAGGAAGAAGCGGAAGCUUUUGAUCCAGCGGCAAUUUCCGAUUUAAAAAUGAAACUUGAUCAUUUGAGGGAAUCUCAGAAUGAACUGCUUGAAGAACGUGAACGUCACAAUAAAAUGAUGAUUACUUUAGGCAAUCAGAGAGAUAUGUACAAGAACUUGUAUACACAAGCUGUUAAAGCUGCAGGGGAAGAGGUUCCUUCUCAACUCGACUCUUCAUUCAGUUUGAAAGAAACCAACGGGGAACACGACAAAAGCCACGAUAAUGAAUCUCAAAGUGACGACAAAACACAAGAAUUGCUCACACAGAUUGAAAGUUUCCGGAAAAAAAUCGAACACUUGAAGAAUGAGAACGAACUAUACCGUAAAGAAAAAUCAGAGAAUGAAAAAAUUCUGCUAGAACAGUUAGAAAACAUGAGGGCAGAAGUGAAAGAAUUGGUUAAAGCCAACUGUAAGUUGCUUUCGCAACAGGAGAAUAGUGACGAGAAGUUUAAAAUUGCACAAAACAAUAUUGAAAUUUACAAGAAACAGAUCACGGCGUUGGAGAAACAGAAUAAAAUUUACAGCGAAACGAUCAUCAAGCAUGAGCAAGCGAUAACGUAUCUUAAGGACGAAACAAUGCAAUCGCAAACGAAACUUGCAAGAGCUGAAGUAAUGUUGGCAAAUCUUCAGAAGGAGAAUGCGUUACUUAAGGACGCAGAGAUGCGUUUGCUUAAAGAACGCGAAAGCAUAAAACGAGAGUCACACACGCAAAAUAUGAUCCAAAGCAACAUUGAAUUGAUUAAAGCAACGUUAGAACGCACAGACGCCGAAGGAAAAUUGAGGCUGGAAGCGAGGUUGGAUGAAGCACACCGUGAAUGUGCCGCGUUAAGACGCCGAUUACAGGAGGAACAAGACAGGUUUAGACAACUGUCCGAACAUUUGGAAAGCCAAACACAACUUGCCAAACAACGUAUGGGUGAGGAACAAGCCGAAGCGGAAAAACUACGAAAGGAAUUAGCCAAUAACAGGGAGGAAUUGAUCCAGAAAGCCAAUCAAAUCGAAGAUUUGACCAAGAAACUCAAAACUUCUGCGUACGCAAUACCGGAAAGUAACAUCGAUGGAAAACGAAUCCGCGAAUUGGAGCAACAACUAAGCGAUGCUAAGGCCGAAAUUGAAGCUUUGAGUUCGAAAUUGAAAACAUCGCGUGAAGCGGCUGAGCAAUAUUCCAACGUUGCAAGCAAUGCUGAGAAUCAAAUGACGAUUUUAAUGGAAAAACAGAAAGAAUUGGAGGAGAAGAUCGAAAGUCAGAAGAACACGAUCAAGCAGUUGCAGGAAAAAUGCGCCGAGCUGGAGGGAGAAUUAUCGUUGCAAAUGGAUGAUCAAGACAUGGCAAAUGCAAGCACUCGUAGCAAAUCAACACAGUUGGAAGAGGAGCUAAAUGUGAAAAAUAUGGACUUGCAAACGGCCCGCGAACAGUUGGAAAAUAUCCGAAAUGAGAACAAAUCACUCAUCGAAAGUCUGAAAGCCGUUGAAAAUAAGUUUGCGAGACAAGUGAUGUUGCAUUCGGCCGAUCUACAAAUGCUUACUGAUAUUAAAGCCGACUAUGAGAAAGCCACAAAUGAAUUAAUCGAAAUGAGACGAAGUCGUGACUGUGCUUUGGAAGAACUCGACAAUAAUAAAGCUAGCUGGGAGACGCGGGAAAAAAUGAUCCAGAAAGAACGGGAAGAGUUGGAGCAACGUUUCAAAGACAUGGAUGCGCAAAACAGUCUAUUGUUGGACCAGAUUCAAGCUCUCAAUACGCAACUAUCUGUCCUUCAGGCACAAGCUACCGCAGAACCAAACCAAUCGGCCGACUUAUCGAUGAGUAAAUCGUUCACUGAGGACGAAGUCAAGUCUUCCGAACAGUUGCUCACUAUAAUUAAAUAUUUGCGACAAGAGAAAGACAUUGCUGUAAGUAAAUCCGAAAUCAUGGAAGCCGAAUACGAGCGGUUGAAGUCACAACAUGAGAUGCUAACCAAACAGUUGGAGGAAGCCAAAGCUGCGGUCGAAACCGAGCGACAGAAGUCGGAAGUUUCGGUCGUGACGGCAGCCAAACAUGCCGAAGUUUUACGCAAAGUUGAGACACUCAACGCUAUCACUGAUAGCAAUCGAGCGCUGCGUCAGGAACGGGAUACGAUGAAGAACCAAAUUAGUGAGUUGAAACAACGGGCUGAGACACUAGCAGCUGAGUUGGCCCCAACUUUGGAAAAGAAUCGAGAGUUGAAUAUUAAAGCCGAAGCGAUGCAAACUGAAAAUAUUUCGCUGAGGGCUGAGUGCACGAAGUGGAGACAGAGGGCGCAAAUGUUGAUCGAAAAAUCGAACCGGACUAGUCCCGAAGAUUGGAAGAAAUUGUUAAAUGAACGCGAGACUCUUGCCAAACAAUUGACCAUCGAGAGAGGUAACGUUGCGAAAAUCACUGAUGAGGUCAAUACGUUGAAGCAGGAUAAGGGUAAGCUUGAGGAACAGUUGAGGAAUGUCAGGUCACAGAAUAAUAACCAAGCUGAAGAAAUUGCCCGGUUGAAGGAAGAUAUGACUUCGUUGCAAAACCAAAUGCAACAGUUGACACAGUCGUUGGAACAGACGCAAGACAGUAACAAACGGUUAUUGGAGGAAAAUCGCUUGUUGACUGAACACACGGCUGGGAAAGACGUCAAUAUCACCGAACUUAAAAACAAUCUCACGCAAAUCCGCAAAAUUGCGAAGAAAUACAAAAUACAGUGUGAGGAUCAGAUUAACGAAAUUAAAACCUUGCGAGAGGAGAAGGAAUUAAAGGAGACUGAACAAAACUCGAAUGAGAGGCAGUUGCAAGUGCAACGCAGCGAAAUGGAAGAGAGAAUAUCACAAAUCGAGCAAAGUAACAAGGACGUGAUUGAGCGACUGAACCAACAAGUCGCAACCCUGACUGAAGAAAACGAAAACUACAAGAAGGAAAUCGAAAGCCACAAACAGGGUUUCUUAGAUCGCGAAGAACGGUUUAAAAAUCUCUUCAAAAAUGCCAAAGAACGGAUCGUGACAUUGACCGAACAGAUGAAUACUUUGAGGGGGCAGUUGGGUAACCAGGAGAGUUCGUCCUCCACCAAUGAAAAUCCCGAAGAAGGGACGAGUAGCAGCAAUAAUGAUCUCUUGACGAAAAUCGAUAAUUUGGAAAAGGAGAAGGCGAAUAUUUUGGCUGAUCGCCGGCAAGAGAAUGAGAAAUAUGCGUCUGAAAUUGAAGCGUUAAUGCAGAAAGUGUCGCAGUUGCAACGACAGUUGGGUCAGCAAGGUUCCAAGCCUAGUACGAGUUCAGGGUCGGAGAAGCCGGCGAAUGAUCCACCCACUGCGAAUAUUAAACCAAUGGCGGGUCACUCGACAAAUACUCAAACUCAGUCAGUGCCCAUACAUCCAUGGCGCAGUGGUGAGACACCUCUGGCUAGUAUAAGGCCGAUGUCGCAGCAAGUUAGGACGGUUACUGUUUUACCGACGAGUCAGAGUCCAAGUGCGGUUAUGGUUCCUCCACAACAACAAGUUCAUACUACAGGAUCAAGCACAAUUGAAGCACUUUCGAGUAGUAGUCCGACUAGUUCGCACACUGAUUAUGUACCAGCGACUAGUUCAGCUAGUCCGGCAAUGUUGGGGCCAAGACAGGUUGUUGUUCCUCCAACUCAGUCCUCGCAGGACACGGAAGAUGAAGACGCCAAUAUGCAGUUGCAGUCUGCGCCCCAACAACAAGCUGUUGCUUUAGUCCUGCCAAGGGUAGAACCCCCAAGUAGUGGACCUACCCAAGAACAAGGAACCAGCAGCAGUAGCAGUUCAAACACAGUCACAACAACCCAAGCCGGCCUAAAACGCCAAAGAGAUCCAGACACUGAUACUGGUGACGAACAAACAAAAACCCAACAACAAAGUAAAAGAACUAGAGUUCAACAAGCUGGAACUGUAAGCGAUAGCGGUCUAGAGGUAGAAUAUCAAGUUCCAACAAGCAGUCAGCGAGAUCAUGACGACGAUAACGUGAUAGUUGUUGAAAGUGACGAAGAAGGUGGUGCUGAUGAAGGUGAAGGUGCAGACGAUGAGCCGGACGAUCCUGAUACGGAAGGCUAUGAUUUGGAAGUAAUGGAACAAGAUAACUACGAAGACGCCGAUUGUCAAGACGUUGAAGAUGAAGAAGGCGGGAAUGAAGUGGAGGUUAUUGAAGAUUCGAGCGAGGUGCCGAAUCAGAGCGAAAGAUCAUUGCAGGAGGAAGCGUCUCAAGAGGAAAGCGUUGAACCAGCGCAGCCCGAAGCUACAAGUAGUGGCACUGACGGGGGCCCCGGUGGUGUAACCUUAUCCCAAGCCUCGACGUCAGUCUCCAUGACAAUGCCUUCCUUCUCGCGAACUAGACCUAUAGCCCCUCUCCUAUCCAGACAGCAACAGUCGCAUCUGUUGUUGUCCCACGGGCUGGAAGAGGGCGGCGAUGAUGGUAUUGUUCCAUCAACGCCUACUUUAUUUGUGCCGAGAAGAUCUGACGGUUUUGGUGAGGCCGUUAGUUCUCCUCAUGUGCCCACGAGUGGGAGGUUUACUUUUAACGAGUCUGUUCCUCCAAACACUGCCGGUUCUAGUGAGAUCGUUCCUGAACAGACAUUAGAAGUCACAAAUAUGGAUGAGAAUAGUACGGGCAGAAGUGUUCCUAGUACGCCUCUGCAAGCUUCACCUCAAGAAGCAGUACCUGGGAGUGAGGAACAAGGAUCCAGUCAAACAACACAGUCAGAUGCUGAAAUUCCGUCAAUUACGGUUAGUGGAGUCGAGGAGGAUGAACCUGCAGCUGAAGGCAGCUCGGAGGAAUGUAUGGGUCCCCCGAGUAUAGCAGGCACCUCUGCAGAAGGCACACAAGAGGCUAACCACCCCGAGGAAUCAGAAGGCUACGAUGGGGUCACUUCCGAAGGCGAAAAACAGCCCAGUACUGAAGAAGGUGAAGAAGAAGGCAGAGAAGCUGAAGCUUCUCCAAGCACAAAUACCAGAUCGAGGUCAACACGUGCUGGAGGCUCAACAGCAAGACGGUCUGGCAGACAGAUGGGUUCUCGAGGUGUGACAAGGUCUGGACCAACCCCUAUCGUGUGGGGAGAACAGAGGAACAGCCCUCAGCACCAACAACAGCAACAACGGCAUUCAGAUGGACCAAGGGGAAGACCUAAUAUACAGUCAAAUUAUGCUCCUAGAGCUCCGAGACGGGCAAGAGGCCGAGCCCAGCGUCCUUAUGGGAGAUUUUAAGUUAAUGUAAUUAUACUUAACACUACCAUUCCAAUACACGCGUCAAAAUUUACGCAUAGAGUGUAGAUUUAUACUUUUAUUUAAGUGUUUUUUUUAUGUUUAGUUCAGUGUAAAAAGUUUUAUAUUUAGGUAAAUAGGUCUCAUCAAUGUAAAAAUAUUCGUACCUAUGCUGAGAACUUCUUGACUGACUGGAAAACUUUUAUUCAGUUCUUAACAUUUCGGUUUCAAGGAGUGUUAGUUUAAGUAUUGUGUUAUUUUUAUUUACGUUAGUUACAAUCGUUUCGACAUAAAAAAUGGAUUAUAAUGUGUUUUUAUUACGACGUCACAUGUAAUCUCCUUGUAGUUAAUUGUUGAUCCAGUUGAUUUUCCUUCGUCUAAUGAAGGUACGUAUGAAUUAAAGUGCAUUCUUCAUUA